GAUUUUGUGUGAUUGUGUAUUUUGCUAAAGUCUAAUUAUUAUCUAAAUACAUUUAGAGUUAUCUUCCAUUAUCAUUUUGAUAUGUAUUUUCUGCAGUUAUCUUUCCUUUUUGAACCUAGAGUUAUCCUUUCAUUAUAUAAUUUAGAGUUACUUUUCCUAAUUGUUGACUUCCUGUUUUGUUGUUUGUGUGACCCACACAAGGACACUCAGUCCAUCCAACAUGUUUUUUGUAUUCGUAUGCUGCCACACACUUUUUUUACCGCAUACACAAUAAAUUCGAUGCACUGGAUUGUUGUGUUGGUUCACUAUCUGUAGGCAAAGGCAGAAUAGUAAAAAAAGUGUGCAGCUACAGACAAUAUGGAUAGGCGGAUACGUACACUUACGCCCAGAGGCCAAGAGAUGUUCCAGUCCAAUUUGGAUUACUACUUGAAUAACCUCAAGAAAGAUUGGAAGGAAUUUGAAAGAAUCCUGACAGAAUUUGACGAUUCCAUCAUGGAUAUCAAAUAUCUACGGAAAGUUGAAAGUCAUCUGGAGAUGGUGAAAUUUGAAUAUAGAGAUAGUUAUGAGUCCCUCAUUUCCUUUCUAACCCGCACCUGCACAGAAGAAAGUGAUUUAGAACUAGACAAUCAAAUGAUUAGGCACCAAAAGUGUUUAAGCAUUAUGAACAAUUUCGACCGUCAGAUUCAGGACCUGUUAAUUGAUGCUGCCGAAAUACUUUCUGAAAAGUAUGAAACGAGAUCUGAAGCAUCUAUAUCGAACAGCAUUGGUAAAUCAUAUCGAUCUUUGAAAAAAGUUGAAAAUCCUAAAACGGAAAAAGUAAGACAUCAGUACGUUGAAAAAGAAAGAGAAUUUCACAAGCAGAAAGCCUUACUAGAAGCCAAAAUGGAGCUCUUAGAACACCAGAAGAAGAUUGAUACGUUAGAAGCAGAAAUAGAAGAGCUCGACAUUCAUAGUUCUCGUCUGUCAUUGCCGAAACAACAUCCUCCUGGUAGUUAUGAUUCAUUGGGACAAAUAAAACGUGAAUACACAGAAAACUAUGUACGUGAGCAUUCCACGAUCCGAGGAGCAAUGAGUGAUUAUGUUUCAUUUGACAAACUGGACAAGAUGAGUGAUCGGGACAAAGAGCAGAGCAACAAACCUGACAAUCCUUUACCACCUCAGAGCAUCAGAAAGUUAAGAGAACCCGUAGCCGCAAGUGACCAUGUGGUAGAGAACUUAACACAAUUUCUCCUGAAAAAAGACCUUCUAAUGUCACGGUUCAGCUCAUUCAACGACAAACCAGACUCUUACCAAACCUGGAAAGCUAGCUUCACAAACAUUGUGAAAGAAUUAAACAUUUCAGCAUUUGAAGAAAUGGAUCUGCUCAUUAAGUGGCUUGGUCCAGAAUCAAAAAGGUUCGCAAGUAGCAUAAGGGGAUCUAACAUCAAUGACCCUGUUAAAGGACUGUAUCGUAUUUGGGAACGUUUGGAGGAUCGCUAUGGCAGACCAGAAAUGAUAGAAUCGGCGUUGAAAGAUAAGCUCAACAGAUUUCCCAAAAUAUCAAUAAAAGAUCCUAAAAUGCUCUACGAUCUGCUUGACAUUUUAACAGAGAUAGAAUCAGCAAAGGAGAACGAGCAAUACGCAACACUGCUGUCAUACUAUGACUCAUCAUCCGGUGUCAAUCCUAUCAUCAGUAAGCUGCCUCAAGGUCUACAAGAGAAGUGGGUGUCUCAAGCGUCCAAGUACAAGAGAUACUAUUGUGUUCCAUUUCCACCGUUCAGCUUCCUUGUAAAAUUCAUUCGAGAACUCAGCAUUGUGAAAAAUGAUCCAGCUUUCCAAACUGAUGGAUCUCUGACAUUAACAACAGAGAAAAGAACGAAUGAACAAAAACGAACUUUUCCUGUUCACAGUAGAAAAACCGAACUAGCAACGGACGAUGCAACUCAACAAGAACGGCAACCAAGAUGUCCAAUUCAUAAAGCAAACCAUUCGCUGAACCACUGUAGAUCCUUCAGAGCUAAAUCCUUACAAGAAAGGAAAGAUCUCUUACGAGAAAUGGAUUUCUGUUAUAAAUGCUGUGAAUCAAAACAUUUGUCGAGAAAUUGUACUGCAACCAUCAAAUGUGAACUUUGUGGAAGCUCUCGUCACGCUACAGCGUUGCAUAUUGAACAAAGAAAUUCUGAGCCUAAAGCAGCUGGCAGAUGGGAUAAAGAACACUUUCAGGCAAACAAUAACCCCAGAUUUGCUGACGGCGGGGAGAAAACUGGAAGGAAAACUGAAGUUUCCAACAAGUGCACUGAACUUUGUGGAACUACCUUCAGUGGUCGAUCAUGCGCAAAGGUCCUUCCUGUUCGUGUAUAUCCGUCGUUCAACAGCGAGCAAGCUAUUAAGGUGUAUGCAGUCAUCGAUGAACAGAGCAAUCGCACACUCGCAAGAUCCCAAUUAUUUGACUUUUUUAAUAUUCAGAGUGAAUCUGAAUCCUACACACUGUUUUCGUGCAGCGGACAAUCAACUUGUAGUGGAAGAAGAGUCAAUGGACUAGUAGUAGAAGCUCUUGAUGGAAGUUGUCACUUCAACCUACCAACAGUCAUUGAAUGUGAUGAAAUUCCUGAUAACAGAGGUGAGAUACCAACCCCAGAAGUAGCAGAAAAAUAUUUCCAUCUACGAGAAAUAGCCGAUCACCUGAUGCCACUAGAUUCAGAAAUCAACAUUCUUCUCUUGAUUGGACGUGAUCUUGGUGAUGCACAUCACAUACUUGAGCAACGCAUUGGACCUCCAAAUACUCCAUACGCCCAGAAACUUCAACUCGGAUGGGUUAUUGUAGGCGAAGUUUGUCUUGGAAGGACUCACAGACCAGAUGUCGUAGUGGCAAACAAAGUGGCAGUUAUGUCUGAUGGAAGAACUACCUUAUCUGCCCCUUGUCCAAACAAUAUCACUGUCAAGGAGACCCUACCUAAACAAAUUCAGUGUGAUGAAAUCCUUAACCCUCUAGUGCCCCAUAGGGUUAAACAUCCACAACGAAACGAACCAAUUGGACAGAACAUUUUCCAGACAUCUCCUGACGAUGACAAGCCAGGACUGUCUGUAGAAGAUAAAGAAUUCCUAGCCAUUAUGGAUAAGGAGUUUUGUCGUGACAAUAGUGGACAGUGGGUUGCACCAUUACCGUUCCGAGAGCCUAGAUGUAAACUUCCGGAUAAUAGACAACAAGCACUGAGAAGAGCCAUGAUCUUAGACACUAACCUUAGAAAGAACCCAGUCAAGUGCGGACACGCAGUGACCUUCAUGAAACGCAUUCUGGAUGCAGAACACGCAGAACUAGCACCACCAUUAAAGAAAGAUGAAGAGUUCUGGUUCUUACCAAUCUUCAGCGUAUACCAUCCAAAAAAACCUGAUCAAGUCAGAAUGGUGUUUGAUUCAUCAGCUCAGUGUAAUGGGGUGUCAUUGAACAACGUGCUUCUAUCUGGCCCUGACCUGACAAACAGUCUACUUGGUGUUCUGAUGCGAUUCAGACUUGAUAACAUCGGAGUUAUGGCCGACAUUCAGCAAAUGUUUCACUGCUUUAAAGUGCGAGAAGAUCAUAGGAACUACUUACGUUUCUUCUGGUACUUAGAUAACGAUCCUCAGAAGCAAUUGGUGGAAUACAGGAUGUGCGUCCAUGUCUUCGGCAAUAGUCCAUCACCUGCAGUCGCUACAUAUGGGCUAAGGAGGACUGCAGAGAAUGCUGAAUCAACCUAUGGAAGUGACGUCCGAAGUUUUGUAGAACGCAACUUUUACGUUGAUGAUGGGUUGAUUUCGUUGCCAUCCACACAAGAGAUCGUUAGCCUGAUGAAGAGAACUCAACAAGCUUUGUUGCAAGAAGGAGGACUUAGACUUCACAAGUUUGUAUCCAACAGCAGUGAUGUCAUGAAAUACUUUCCCACUGAUAACCUAGCAAAGGACUUGAUGUCUCUCGAUCUAUCGAAGGAUAUUCUUCCCAUACAACGCAGCUUAGGAAUAAGCUGGAAUCUACGAUCUGAUGCAUUUACCUUCAGACUCUCCUUAGACAAGAAACCGUAUACACGCCGUGGAGUCCUUUCUUGUCUGAAUAGCUUUUAUGACCCCUUAGGAUUUGUUGCACCAGUUCUCAUCAGAGGCAAGUUACUGCUUAGAAAAUUUACUGAAGAGUCUACAGACUGGGAUCAACAUUUACCUGACCAAUACCAAGAAGAAUGGGAGAAGUGGAAAGAACAACUAUGGUAUUUAGAAAACCUGGAAAUUCCUCGUACUUACCUUUCCGUACCUACCGAGAAGCUCCUUCAGAAACACGUCCAUGUAUUCACUGAUGCGUCCGAGGAGGCCAUUGCUGCAGUUGCUAUUUUGAGAGCAGAGGAUCAAGAUGGUAACUUUCAUCAAGGAUUCAUAGUAGGGAAAGGAAAAGUUGCACCUAAGAAGGCAGUAACCAUCCCUCGUUUGGAGUUAUGUGCUGCAGCGCUUGGUGUUGAGAUCUCUCAAAUCAUUCAACAUCAAUUGGAUAUUGACCCUAAAGACAUUCAUUACCAUACAGACAGUAAAGUUGUCCUUGGUUACAUCUACAACAGAACCAAACGUUUCUAUACUUACGUAAGCAACAGAGUACAGCAGAUUCACAAAGUCUCCUCACCAGAACAAUGGAGCUAUGUUCCUUCAGAACACAAUCCUGCAGAUCAAUCAACUAGACCAAUCGCAGUUGAAAAUAUGAAAAACAGCCCAUGGCUUUGUGGUCCGAAACGAUGGUUCCUUGAAAGUAAAGACCAAGGCAAAACAGAUAUAUCUGAUCAUGACAAACAGAUGCCACAAGAGUAUGACCUCGUAGACUCAGAGAAUGACAGAGAGAUUAGACCUACGCUAAUUGUUAAAACAUUGCACGUUAAAGAACCCUCCAUUGGAACUGAAAGGUUUACCAAAUACUCAACCUGGAGUAGUUUAGUUUCAGGUAUUGCACGCUUGAAACAUGUUGCCAGAUGUUGGAGUGGAACAAAACCAUGCAGAGGAUGGCAUUUCUGCAACAAAGCGAAAGAUGUUGACCUUUAUCUUGAAACAGAAAAACACAUCAUUCGAGCGGUCCAGGGUGAAUCUUUUCGAGAAGAGAUCAGAAGUAUCAGAGAAAACCGAGCUCUCAAUAAGAAGAGUUCACUUGUAAAGCUGAAUCCAGUUUUAGACCAUGAUGGUAUUUUGCGUGUAGGAGGCCGAUUGAUGAAUUUAGAGUUGGAAGUCACUGAGAAAAAUCCUGUCAUUAUUCCUGGCAAACAACACAUAGCUACACUGUUGGUGCGCCAUUAUCAUCAACUUACCAAACAUCAAGGACGCCACUUCACAGAAGGCUCAAUAAGAUCUGCUGGAUAUUGGAUAACAGGAGCCAAGCGUAUCGUAUCCUCGAUGAUAUACAGCUGUGUGACUUGCAGAAAGAUGAGGAGAAAACCAGAACAUCAAUUCAUGGCUGACUUACCUGAAGAUCGAUUAACACCAGGACCUCCAUUCUCAAGUGUAGGAGUGGAUACCUUCGGACCUUGGGAAGUUCUUGCACGUCGAACUAGAGGAGGACUGGCUCAUGCAAAACGCUGGGCUGUAAUGUUUUCAUGUCUUUCAUCGCGAGCUGUUCACAUUGAAGUCAUCGAAGAGAUGAGUUCCUCAUCCUUCAUUAAUGCACUUAGGAGAUUUGUCGCUAUACGUGGAAGUGUUAAAGAGUUUAGAUCAGAUCGUGGCACAAAUUUCGUUGGCUCAACAGAAAGUCUUGGAAUUGACGCUAUAAACGUAGAAGAUGGACCUGUCAACAAGUUUCUUCUUGACAACAGAACAGUAUGGAUAUUCAACUCACCACACUCAUCCCACAUGGGUGGCGCAUGGGAGAGGAUGAUAGGCCUUACAAGACGGAUACUAGAUUCAUUGUUGAUUACUGGUACAGCAAAGAAGUUGACACACGAGACCCUCGUUACGUUCUUAGCUGAGGCUAGUGCCAUUAUUAAUUCAAGACCACUGGUGCCAGUUCCAACUGAUCCAGAGUACCCAUUUAUUCUCACUCCAUAUACCCUUCUGACCCAGAAAACGGACAAAGGAGGAGAACCGCCUGGACCAUUUGACGAGAAAGAUGCCUUCAAAGCGCAAUGGAAAAGGGUUCAACUACUCGCAGACCUCUUCUGGAAACGAUGGCGUAAGGAAUACUUAGUCACCCUUCAAAGUCGACAAAAGUGGACACAGCACCAAAGAAACCUAUCCGUCGGUGAUGUCGUUUUAUUGAAGGACAGUUCAGCCCAUCGCUGUGACUGGAAGAUGGCAGUAGUGGAUCAAGUGUUCCCAAGCGUAUCAGACAAGAGAGUCCGUAAAGUACAACUUCGUGUGAACAAGAAUGGCGUUAACACAUUAUACACGCGCCCGGUUACAGAGACUGUGCUCUUGAUGGCAAUUUAAAUAUUUGUAACAGUGCUUCAUGUUAAUCAGAACUGUUUGGUAUUUCGUUUGGAAUAUUUUGGUUAUUUUGUAAAUAUGUUGGAUAGUGAUAUCUAAAGAUAUCAGACGGGGAGUGUAUUGUUUACAAGAUUUUGUGUGAUUGUGUAUUUUGCUAAAGUCUAAUUAUUAUCUAAAUACAUUUAGAGUUAUCUUCCAUUAUCAUUUUGAUAUGUAUUUUCUGCAGUUAUCUUUCCUUUUUGAACCUAGAGUUAUCCUUUCAUUAUAUAAUUUAGAGUUACUUUUCCUAAUUGUUGACUUCCUGUUUUGUUGUUUGUGUGACCCACACAAGGACACUCAGUCCAUCCAACAUGUUUUUUGUAUUCGUAUGCUGCCACACACUUUUUUUACCGCAUACACAAUAAAUUCGAUGCACUGGAUUGUUGUGUUGGUUCACUAUCUGUAGGCAAA